CUCGCGUUCAAUGGUUCAAUGUGUGUUUUAAAAUCUUUUUAACGCUAUCGGAAUGUCCGUGUGUGCGGGGUUUUAAUGCGGGCUACAAAAUACUAUAGUCGCGAUGCGGAAGCCUCGACAUUGUCGACCGGCGCGGUGAUGUGGACGAGGACAUGAACGACAUUUUGGGUCAAAACUUGGGCGCUAUGACACAUUUUUCUUAUCCAACGGUCAAGAAACCGUAAAAAGUGAAAUUUUACAUUACGCAACUUUUUUAAAUGAAAUUAUUAUUAUUAUUAUUUAUUUUUUUUAAACACAUCGAAUAGCUUAAAAAUCUAUUUUCGGAUCAAUACCGAUAAAUGAUUGAUGCCAAAAGCUAAAUAAAUAAAAUUAAAAAAUGGUGUGACGGACAGACGGAGCAACAGGUGAUCCUGGUUCUCGGGCAAGACGGCGUGACGGACAGCCGCCUCGGCCAAUCGGCUGGCAGGGAACGGAGCGCGCGCGCCAAUCGCGCCGCUUCCGCAGUGUUCGUGUGGGCGUUGAUCCAGACUGACAGCAGUGUCAUCAGCGGGCAGAGCCACACUGGGACACCGAGGACAGACAAGGGAGGGUGUCUCCGCAUCUCAGGAAGGAUUUUAUUUUUUUCCGGUCGUCGUUGCGACACACGAGGGUGGAAAAUACACCGUAAUCGCUGCAGCCAUUUUUGGAAUAUCAGCAGCUCUUGAGGAUUAUCAACCGGACUGGAAUUGGAUCGCGUCUCCCCAAAAACCCGCCAAUCCUUCCUCCAUGAGGAAAGAUGGGGAAUGGAUUAUCUGAACAACCCGGCUUCCUCUCGAACGUCCCGUUCUUCCAGUCGUUUCACAUCGCCAUCCUGGGCCUGGACUCUGCGGGGAAGACCACCGUUCUGUACCGGCUGCAGUUCAAUGAGUUCGUGAACACGGUGCCCACCCGAGGCUUCAACGCAGAGAAGGUGAAAGUGUCCCUGGGCGGCCACCGGACCGCCACCUUCCACUUCUGGGACGUAGGGGGCCAGGAGAAGCUGCGGCCCCUGUGGAAGUCGUACACGCGAUGCACGGACGGCAUCAUAUUCGUGGUGGACUCCGUGGACGCGGAGCGCAUGGAGGAGGCCAAGACGGAGCUCCACAAGAUCGCCAAGACCUCUGAAAACCAAGGGGUGCCCCUGCUGGUGGUGGCCAACAAGCAGGACUUGAGAAACUCUUUGGGCCUCGCUGAGAUUGAGAAAUUGCUGGCGCUUAAAGAACUGGGCCCGGCAACUCCCUGGCACCUGCAGCCGACCUGCGCCAUCAUAGGCGAUGGCCUCCGGGAGGGCCUGGACAGACUCCACGACAUGAUCCUGAAAAGGAGGAAGGCGAUGCGGCAGCAGAAAAAAAAGAGAUAAAACUCGGUGGCGACAAAAAGACUCGCCGGCUGUUAUAUGUGAAGGAAACAAAAAGGAUAUUCUCCUGGGUGGAUACGGACGCGUGUCCACUGCAGGUCCAGAUUACAAAAUGCUGAGUUUUAUCAGUUCCGGGGUUCUUGGUCUUGUGACGAUGCUGUUGAUCAGGAAGUGACGUUUUUAAAGGAAUGCAGUAUGAAGAUGAGAAAGUUUCAGACAUGUGUGGUCCUGCUAGAAAGAGUUCGUAUGGAUUUAAAAGCACUUGAGGGUUUGGGGGUCUGGACGGGCGAUGGAAGUUAAGGAUGUUUCACAACAUUACCAAGAAAACAUGAUUUAAGAGAACUAGUUGAAGGUUUAUUUGGUGAAUAAAUGAUUGAUCAUUGUUACACCGGAGGAGCAACAAUAUAUAUACAUACAUACAUACAUACAUACAUACAUCCGUUUUAACUUUACCGUUUCAUACGUUGUUAUAUCUCGUUAAUUUUUUUUACACUGGACUUUCUCUGUGAAAGAAAAGUAUUAACAUGCAUUGUUGCAUUAUCAAAUUGCUUGCUGUCUUUUUACGAUAUAUAUAUCUUUUUCUUUUUUUAAAGCACUUUAGAGUAUCUCUUCGUAUGAAGUUUAAAGUUUCUAAAUAGAGCAUAUUGUGUAUUUUACAGACCUGUUUGGGCAAAAAUACAAGAUACUACUGUAGUUGGUCCACAUUGGCCACAUUGUCAUGAGACAGGUUAUGCAUUGUGUUUUGCUUAAUAAAACAUAGUUAGAGCAAUGUC